AAAAAUGGAAGCGGCAGUGUUCAUUCUGUCACUUGUCGACUGUUGUGCACUGAUUUUUCUCUCAGUCUACUUUAUCAUCACUCUGUCUGAUCUAGAAUGUGACUACAUCAAUGCUCGAGCCUGCUGCUCCAAACUCAACAAAUGGGUAAUUCCAGAGAUGGUUGGACAGUGUCUGUCCACUAUGCUGAUGUUGGUCUCCAUGCACUGGUUCAUCUUCCUCCUCAACUUUCCUGUAGCAGUGUGGAACAUUUAUAGGUACGUGAAGGUUCCGAUGGGGAAUAUGGGCGUGUUUGACCCCACUGAGAUCCACAACCGGGGUCAGCUCAAGUCCCACAUGAAGGAGGCCAUGAUCAAACUGGGCUACCACCUGCUCUGCUUCUUCAUUUAUUUGUACAGCAUGAUCCUGGCUUUGAUCAACGACUGAAGCACCCAGCUUACUCUCUGACCCCGGCUGCCAAAUUUCAGAUUCCUGGGUCUGCUGUUGUUCCCCUUUCAUCCUGCUCCUACUGUAUGCAUACAACCUCUCAGAACUUCUGUGCUGAAAACAACAGCAGAGUUUAGACUUUGAUACAAUACUAAGGUUAAUAUUUAACCAGUUAACACUUCAAUGCCAUCAGAACAAAUACAUCUCCUAUAACAACCAAUCAACAGCACUUGUGCUGUUUCUAGUUACUGUAAAAAUAAUAUAAUAAGCUCCAUACUGGGUAUUAUCAGAGUACCCAACUAAGCCAAAUUGGGGAAAGAUGCAAGUAUUGCUUCCACUAGAUGCUCUACCACUUCACUUUACGUUAAUUCUCAAGAUCCCAAAGCCUUUCACUUGGAUGACUGAAAGAUGUUCAAGCCUCUGUAGUUAGUUAACUGGAAGCAGGAGGUGCCAGCAGCAGCUCACAGAGUGGAACAGGUGAAUCUGUGAGGAGGACAAUAAACGGGCACAGUAUAUUCUGCUUAUGUAGGGCUUGUAGAACCUGAUAAUGUAAUAACUUACUGAUAAUGUAAUAAAGUGCAUUUCCCAAUAAUGUAAUAAUCUCUAUACCAAUGAUGUAAUAAAUUAUUAAAUGAACGGGAGGUUAUUACAUUAUUGGGUUAACCUUAUUGUUGUAGAACCCAAUAAUGCAAUAAUUUCCCAAUAUUGUAAUAACAUUACUGGGAAAUGCACUUAAUUACAUUAUCAGGACAUUUUUACACUAUCAGGUUCUACAGGGAUGUAAACUGCUGGGCUUCUUUCAGAUAGUCCUGCCAUCAGUUUAUGAACCUGUUCAGAUGCACAGUUCAACACAUAUUGGAUUGUUUCAUGUUCAACUGUUUGAUUUGUGAGAAUUCUGACACAUCAAGAUGACAUCUGGGAGUAAAUGCUGGACCCACAGGCUGUACAGUAUGUGACACCACACUUCAGCUGACUCAGCAGACAGACAAAGCUCUCUAAUGACCCAUUCAGCCAUCACUUCCUACUUGUUUCACUCGUGCCUUCUUUUCCACAAGUAAAGUAAAACUUAAAUUAUAAUUUAUCCGACAUCCUCAUUUCAAUUCAUAUUAAUGAAGAUGACUGCACCAGGUUCACAGUGGUAUAACAUAUUGUACUAGUUUGUUUAGUCUCUGUGUCAGCUGUCAGCUGGAGUCUUUGUGCUGUGAUCAGUUGGAGCUUCUGCUUUAGCUUGGUGUGUCAGGACCCUCACUCUGUCUCAUCCUCACAUGCUCACCCUCCACCAGUAACAAACACAUGUGGAACAUAACUGGUUAGUGACGGUAUUGAAGUGUAGUGAGAACAUUCGAUCACUACUCCUGUUCUGAGAGCUAGUAUGCAUACAGACCCUGCCAGACUUCCAGCAUCACACUCCAUCACUGACACUCCACGGACAGAUGUGCCCAACUACGAGUGUGUGUGUGUGUUCAGUACUAAAUGUGAUAUGAUGUGGUGCUGCACCACAGUGGGCAGAAUGAAUGACAAUCACCCCACAACACACACACACAAGCCCCCUUUCACCAUGUCUGCACCAAAGUCUCCUGUCUGUUGUGCUGGGAGGAUGUCACACCACAGAGCUGGAUCCUGUCUGAACUCGGGGUCAAAGUGUCUUGCCAUAAGUAAGUUGUUGUGUUCGGUCUGGAAAGAACUGACAUGUUGCUGUUAUAUUCUUACUGUAUGAGUGACAGUUUGGAUUUGACCUCAGUCAUGCACUGAUGUUGUUUACUGUAUGACAUUUAAAUCUGACAUUCCCUGUUUGAAAGUUCCCUGCAUCAGGAGCUGUCUCCACCUCUCACUGGGAUGAUGGAUGUGUGCACUCCUCUGUGUUUGGUGAAAUGUGUAGACAGAGCAGUAACUCCAUCACUGCUCUGCAUUGUUAACAAGCCUCUUGCAUGAGUUGUAUGUACAGGUAUGAUUCUAGAGCCAUUUCUCUCUGCUGUGUGGUUAAACUAGAGGGCUGCUGGUCAUUACGUUCAUGUCUGAUUCACACUAAACUGUCUUAUGCAGUGUUCAGUUUUUUCUUUUUUGAGAUGUGGAGUUUCAUAAAUA